AUGUCCCAUAAUCGUUUCACCAGCGCCGAAAAUGACUACGAGUCGAAUUUUACGGAUGCUAAGCUUCAAGAUCGAGAAGUUGACGAGCUCUACCAAAUGUUCCAAGAGAAGCUAAAGUUCCUUGAAAACUACGCUGAUGCCACUGACGAGAUGCGUGAGAAUUGCCGAGAAGCGGCACGAGAGUCUCUCUUUUCUGAGAUCGGUCGACUCUCCGAUCCAGAUCGAGCCAUGGAGAGGAUUCGCGGGCUUUUAGAGAACCAGAAAGCACCAGUCUUGACUCAGACUCAAGUCUCGGUUGGAGAGAGUCAAGUUUUUGGAUCAAGUGUUGAAUUGGUCGAAACUCAUUCAUCUCACAGUGCAUCUUCACCGGAUCACUCGGAAAGCUCAACUGAUAUUGAGAUUAUCAAUCUUGAAGAAAGUGAUUUGCAUCCAGAAUCCAAACAAUUGAAUGAGACUGAGGCUAUCUUUUCGCAAGGACUAGUUCCCCUUUUUGACAUCACCGAAGAGGGAGAGACGGUCUUCCACAGAGAAAACCUCGAUUCACUUUGUGCACAAAUUGGAAAGCGACCGGUGGCUAUCAUCUCCACAGCUGGCAAAUUUCGUCAAGGAAAGACUUUCUGGUCAAAUGUGCUUCUCGACGGACUGCGAAAGGAUCAAGCCGGCUAUAAAGACGAUGAGCACAUUGGUGGUCACGGCGGUAUCCGUUUCCAAUCAGGCUACGAACGGCACACGAGAGGGAUCAUGGUUUGGCCGAAAGUCUUUGAUAGGAAGGAUAAAGAGGGGAAAGAUAUUGCCGUCAUUUUGAUCGACACUCAAGGCACAUUUGACACAUGCAGCGACAUCGCCGACUCAGCCGUCAUUUUUGCGAUCUCGUUGUUGAUGUCAUCGAUCAAGAUCUUCAACACAAAAAGCCAGAUCGACGCGCAGGAUUUGGACGCGCUUAACGUUUUCAUCUCAUUCAGUCAAAAAACCGAUGAGAAAGUUGGACAGCAUUUCAUUCUGAUGAUGAGAGACGCGCUCGAGACUGGUCUUCAGCCAGAAUACAUCAGUUAUUUGAGGUCUGGCACUCGUCGAGCUCCCGAACUUCUUCGUCUGAUGGAUGGAGUGUUUGACGCAUUUGAGAGCGUCGAGUGUUACAUGGUACCCCGUCCAUCCGAGCACGUUCUUCGAGCGAGUGGAGAGAUUCGAGCGGGCGAUUGCGGAUCCGAUUUCUUGAUGGGUCUUUGUGGAGCCGCUAAUCACGUUCUCAACAAUCUCGUAGCAAAAAAGGUGAUGGGAACGCCGUUGACUGGGAGUACGCUGAAGCAAUAUGUUGAGAACCUCGUCGAGCACAUCAGAGACAACCAUCACAAAGCGAUUGGGUCGGCUUUCGCAGCCACCUCUCAGCUCUACUUCGAGAAAGCGAGAUCCGCCUCGAAUGAAACCUUCGCAAAACUCUACGAACAACUCGUUCGUUUACACAACCAUCGCCCGAUCAAACCGAGCGAGUACAACGAGGCGAUUCAGCAUAUCGUUCAAGAGACUUUUAAGGAGUAUCAAACCCAUCCGCUUUUCGGCUCAACCGAGCUAAAAGCAAAGGAAUUCGAGAAUUUCCAACGGUCACUGCUGGACCGAUGCGACGAGAAAGAGGAAAAUAACCGGCAACGCUACAGAGAUGUGCAAAUGGCCGAUGCUGUUAAUGGAUCCUAUGAGAUUUAUGAGAAAGAGAUGAAGCCAGACUUCUUGGAGACCCUUCUCGGCAAUAGAGAAAAAAAGAUCAACUACGUCAAUGAGCGCCACGCAAACGCUUUGCCAAUGGCGAUGGAUAACUUUGAAAAUGCCGUGAGCGAUUUCCAAAACGAGCUCGGGCUGAUCGAUUCCAAGAGAGAAUUGCUUAAAGAGAUGAUUACGCUUCGUUUCACCGAUCUGCAAAAUGAUAAUGCGAUCAUGGUGUUACAAGUGAAAGUACGGGAAAUGUUUGCUCAACUUGGUGAAGAGUAUGCAAGAUUGCUCAAAGAGCAAAUCUCAAUCGUAAAGAAACUCGAAGAUGUGGAUGGGAUUUUGCAGAAAUCUCAAGUACUUCAGCAAGGUCGCUAUGAGCUGAGUAAGGCUGAAUUUUUGAGUGAAGCGUCGAUGAAUUUGCCAAAUAUUGAUCAAAAAAUGCUUGCGCAAAUGCUCGACAAUUACAAGGAUUCUGUCAGCGUUGAAUUCAGAAAGCACGAAAACGAGUUUGAGGCUCAAGUACGCACGCAUCUCAAUAUGGAGAAAUUGAAGGCGAAAAUGGAGGCAAUCCGUGCGAAACAACAAGAAACACAACGGAAAUUCAAUGAUGAGAAAAGAAAAACACAAGAUGAGCUCAAUGAAAUGCAAAAGAAACUGGAUCAAGAGAAACGGGCUCGCGAAUCGACCGAGAAGCACCAGGCAAUGCAUCCAAUGAUCAUGAUGAUGAAAGAGAUGAAUGAAAACUCAAUGAGACAAAUGGAACAAAUGAGAGCUGAUCGUGAGGAGCGGGAGAGACGGGAGCAACACCUUGCUGACGAGCGCGCUCAUCAGCGUCAAGUCGAGAUGGAACUGCUCAGACAGGAGCGGAAGGAAAGGGAGCGCCGAGAGGAAGCUAGAGAUGCUCGCCGAACUGAAAUUGAGAAUCACCGUCGUGCGGAGGAUAGGAUUCGUCAAGAAGCAACCGAACGUUUGCGCCAAGCUGAAGAGCGUCGUCGACAAGAGGCUAUCGCUGCUCAAGAAAAACCAAAAGAAACAUGUCGGCUUAUG